GUCGUCGGGCUGCGCACGCGCGCCUCUCUCGCGCAGUUUAAUUCCGUUUCACUUGUUUGUGUUGCCUUUAUACUUGUUCACCGUCGAGGACGACUGACGAAUUGCGCUCUUUCAGUGUUUUGAACUUUUUGUGAUAUUUAACGAGUUACUAAUCAUCAAUUACUUGAUUGACUGCGAUGUAUAUGUCUGGAUUUAUUAUUUUUUCUCCUGAAAUAACAGCGAGAAUGACACCGCAAGAAGAGCGAGAGAAUUCUCGCGGAGCAGAGAUUGCUGACGCGUUCGAGGACGACAUGUUCGGCCCGUCGCGCACCGAGCCUGCCGCUAGACCCAAGCUGUCCAUGAUCUCCGCCCGCAUCCGCGCCAACGAGGAGCGCAAACGUGUCAUUGAGAUCUGCUCACAGAAAUUAGAGAACAUCGAGGAUCCCGCAAGAGAUCUGCGCAGAUCCGUUUGUAUAAAUAACACCUACUGCCGUCUCAGCGAGGAAGCGCGCAAAGAGAAGGAAGCCAGAAGGCGAAGGGCGAGGGAAGAAUGCGAUGACUCGUGGAUAGGGAAGAAAGCGCGUCGUGCGGUGGAAGACGAGUGCUUAGCGCUGCUGGACGCGAUACCCGAGCUGGGGGACGCGAAUCUCGGUUGUGCUCAGCUCGCGCGACAGAUGCAGGACGGUCCCCGACAGGACGCAUUGCUGCCCCCUAGCCUGCUCACCGUGCUGGACUCAUGACCGCGCCGCCCCGCGCACGUACACUCCUCGCUGUGAACUGAGUCCAGCGCACCGAGUGAAGACUCGCGCGAGCCGAAGCGCUCGUGUCGCUGACCGAGAUUCCGGUCGCGUUCUGAACAAAUUCACCCGAACGAGCCGGAUCGCGGUCGAGCGCGCCUCGCUACCUGCCCGCUGGACAUCAUCGAUAGAAUUCUCGCUACCCAGAAACGGACGGACGACGUUUAGCCAAUUCUUUGUUAUUUAAGAGAAGUACUUACUUUGUUAGCGUGUUUUUAUUAUUUAGUGAAAGUUGCUCAGGUGCCGGCAAGUGUGGACUGCGGUCCAAUUAGUGAUCGACGAUCACUUUUAUCGGAGGACCUGCAGUGUUCUAUCAGAUAUGACGUGGCGGAGUGUUACCGGGAGAUAAAGUGAGGACGUUCACCAAACUUUAGGAGAAAGUAGUUUUUAAGCCAUAAUUAUUAUUGCAUUACUGUACUAUAAAUAAUUAAAUGAAUCGUGAUUAAGGUAUAGUGCAAAAUAACUGGGAACGGAAGCAUUUACAAAGUGGAGAUAAUAACCGAUUAGAGUAGGUUUCUUUGUUUCAAUUUUUAAUGUUUGGCGAGCUGAGAACACGUUGUACGUGAGCGCUACGGCCAAAAGAUAACAUAUAAUGUAGAACAACAGUAUUUCGCAUCCGAUAAAAUUUGAAAGUAAAAGCCAAAUGCCUCGCUGGGAAGUGUGAGUGAGACGGCAGCUAAACAUAAUUAUUAAGAAAUACUUGGUGUACAGUAAGCAAUCGGUUGUUACGUAUUAUCGCCGUAUUAUAUGCUCGUAACAAAAGAAAAAACCUUAUAAGUGAUGACGUGUACUCGUACACUCAAUAACAGAUGAGCGUAUGUGACCUUACUCGUGCAGAUAGGCAAGGCCAAGCGUUGGCCCAACAACCGAACAUUUGUUCAAAAGUGCAUUUCAAUAAGUCUGACUUUCACGUCGACUGCCCAAAUCGGUUUUUAUUUUUAAAUUCGUUAUAUUUUUUUUUUAUAUAAUGUUACCUUAAUCUCACAAUUUACGUAGUGUUACCAUUAUGAUUUAUGAUCGGUUGUAUGCGAAACGCAUAUGUUACGUAGACAUCGUUAUUUAGCGGAUACAUUUUAUAUAUGUAAGUUGGGUCAUUGUUAAUUUAUUUUAGAAUGAUUUUAGUUCGAAAUGUAAUCGAACGCUGAAGUAGCUUGUGCAAUUGAGAAUGAGUACUUUCGUAUGCGUUGUGCAAUGGAAUGCGGUUGAGAAGUUAUUUUAUUGAGAUCUUAAUUGUCGCAAAAUAUAUUGGUUGUAUCCCGUUUCGCCCCUCUGAAUAGUAAAUAGGUACCUGGAGGAGGGUGGGGGGUGUACGGCAGCGAAGAGGGGGGAAGUAAGGGGCGACGCGGGGUCGGAGUAGAGGGGAGUAGGGCGCUCCGUUCCCAGCACCUCCUGUGAUAUUAGCCUAGCCUGUAUGUCGUAUUGUAUUUUGUGCUAGUUUUCCCAUCCGACUUUUUUUGGACUUAAACGCUAUGUAUAAAUAAAACGCUUAUAUAAAAUUGAUUCCUUUUGUAUUUACUGGCCAUUUUAUACGGAUUAACCGGUUUUUCGAGUCUUAUACCCGACGUUAGUGCGUUUAGAUGUUUUGUCACUGUAUUAUAAAGAAAUGUAGGUAUCCUUUUUUUGUAUGGCGUUUGUAUGUUGAUAAGUAUUGUGUAUUAUAAAUGUAAAGUUAAGUGCUUAUACCACUUUGCCGCCGGAUCACUUCCGGCCUUUGAUGCAACUAAUACGGUUGAACGGGACUUAUUAUGCAAAAAUAGGUAUUCAGAAAGAUGAUUUCCAUAGGUUAUGUCCCUUUCUAGUAACGGUAAUGGCGAUGUGAUAGAAAGGGACGGAUGGGGCCCAGCCGCUGUCUUUGAGUCCUUUCUGAAUACGCGUCCCAAAUCAUGUUGACUAGUUGUUAAACCAGAGACUACCAAAUGUAUUUUUAAAAGAAUAUUGUGAAGCGCACAUAACAUGCAUAUGUAUUUUUUUUUAUAUCCCAAUUUAGAAAAAGUUUGUAUAAAAAUAAAUGCUGAUAAAAAUUGUUGUUUUCUAGAUUGAAUAUCGCCUCUUUUUCUUUGCUAAAAUUUCGUGCGGCGCAUAGAUUGUAGAGUGUCAAAUGUUUAUAUAAAAAAAUGGACGACAUUCCAAACUCACCUGUGAGGAUUUAACUUUUGCACGUGUAAUUUUGCCGAUGUAUAUAUUGUAAUUAGUAAGUAAUAAGGUUCAAAAUGGCGCAAAGCGAUGGUUUUGCGCAGUAGAUAGGCUGUAGCGCCACCCACAGCGGCAGAAUUACGUAUGUGGAACACACUAUGAUCUAAAAGCGCAUUAUUUCCCCUCCAAAUGGGAAAUAGUCAUUACUUAGCUUUGUAAUGAGAGUUAUAACGUCAUAUAGUUAGCAACUUAACUUUAAUAAUCUGUGUAUAUAGAUGGACCUUCGCAGAAAAAGACGAACUCCAAAAAUCAAUCUAGUUUGCAAAAUCUGAUUGAUUUGACCGACUCGUGAUUAUAAGGAUAAAGUCCAAACCGAAUGAUUGGAACCUUCCUUAUAAUAUUUUAUUCUAUUAAAAUAAAAUAAAAAA